AAGACAAAAAACAGAAGACUGAUCUAGACAUAUCAGAAAUAAAACAAUGGAGGGACAAUGCCGUAACAGAGAAAAUGGACAUGCAGUUACAAAAUGAAAACUGGAUUAGGAAAGAAAAACAGAAUUUGAAGAACGUUGAAAAACAAAUCAUUGAACAAGAUUACAAGCUUAAGGAGCUGAGUACAGAAAUUAAAACUGUAAAAGAAAAUGAAACCAAGUCCAACAAAACACUAGAGAAACUGUCUCAAGAUAUAAAAGAAUAUGAAAGCAAUUUGCACAAAAUAAAUGAACAGAUGUAUGAUUACACGGAUAAAACAGACAGCAUAACACAAGAAAUUAUAAAACAAUCUAAUGUGGUUUCUGUUUUACGAGUUAAAUUAAAGAAAAACAAGUCUAGUUUAACAACUAAGUGUGAGGAUUUGACCGCUAAGUAUAAUUUGAUGAACAAACUACUGCAACAGAGACUGGUGGUUUUUGACAAAUAGAAUCAAAUCUUUAGUCAGAACUUGGAAACAAGGGAGAGUAACAUAAGAAAG